GGAGGAUUCAACUCCAGACCACAAGACACUUCCUGCUCCAACCCUUUUCAACUACCGGGGCUUUUGAGACCUCACAUCGAAGAUGGCUCAGGCACCAACAGUCAUCGUGACUCAACCUGGAUUUGUUCGUGCUCCCCAAAACUCCAACUGGCAGACCAGCCUGUGUGAUUGCUUCAGCGACUUCGGAGUCUGCCUCUGUGGGAUGUUCUGCUUUACAUGUCUUGGGUGUCAAGUGGCAGCUGACAUGAAUGAAUGCUGUUUGUGUGGGACAACUGUGGCGAUGAGGACCCUCUACCGAACCCGAUAUGGCAUUCCCGGAUCUCUUUGUGAUGACUAUAUGACCACCCUCUUCUGUCCUGUUUGCUCUGUGUGCCAAAUCAAGAGAGACAUCAACCGGAGGAGAGCCAUGAAUGCUUUCUAAGGAGCUGGAGGGGGAGAGCUCUCGCUAAAGCUGCUGAACCCGGAACACGCCUCUUCAGCCAGAGUCUUUCCAAAUCUUUUGCAACUGAGAAACGAUGGGUGACGGGAUAAUUCCAAGAUGAUGGCAUUUUAGAAAUUUGACUUUCUGAUUUAUUUUAAAUGGAUGUUGCUGUUUGACUUGGCUUCUCCUUGCUCCCGUGUCAUCAGAUAUUCCAGCUUAUGAAUUUUUUACACU